AUGAGCGUUGCCAUCGGCUACGUCCCCGGAGCAUUCGGACAGGGAGGCGACGACCCCAAUUUCCUCCGUACCCUGGUGGAACUGGGCGACAAAUACGAGUACGACUCGAUCUGGCUCAGCGACCGUAUCUGCAGCGACAGGUUCAGCCUGGAGCCCAUGGUUGCGCUGUCCCUGGUGGCGGGCUAUUCGGACCGUCUGAAGUUCGGCACCAGCGUGUUGGCCCUGCCGCUGCGCAACCCGGUGGUGCUGGCCAAGCAGGUUGCCACGCUGGAUUGGCUCUCCCAGGGCCGCUUCUUCCCCGCCGUCGGCCUCGGUCAGGAGGAUCCUGACGAGUACGAGGCGUGUGGCGUCCCCAAGGCUGACCGCGCCCGCCGCACCGACGAGGCCAUCGCCCUGAUGCGGCGCCUCUGGGAGGAGGAAGACGUCACCCACGAGGGAGACUUCUUCACCACCCACAACGUGUCGGUAACGCCCCGCACCUUCCUCAAGCCCUCGCCGCCGGUAUGGAUCGGUGGGCGCAGCCCCGCCGCCGCCCGUCGGGUGGGCCGCGUGGGCGACGGAUGGUUGGUAUCCAGCGCCACUCCCGAGGAAAUCCGCUCGGGCCGGGAGAUCGUGUUCGAAACGGCCCAGCAGUGUGACCGGGAGAUCGAGGAGGAUCACGUCGGCGUCCUCAUCGGAUACUACAUCUGCGAUGACCAGAAAGAGGGCGAGACCCGGUCCGAGCAGUUCGUCACCCGUCAGCGCCCGGACGCGCACUUCACUGAGUACUCCGCCGUUGGCACCUCCGAGCAGAUCGGCGACUUCAUCGAUCAGUACGUCGACGCCGGCGGGUUCAAGUUCGUGAUCCGUCCCCUGUGCGCCGGCACCGAGUCCAUGGAACAGCUGGUACAGGCUGGCGAGGAGAUCCUGCCGCGUUUCCACGGUCCACUGGGCAACAAUUAG